CACAAUAAUUUGGGAAAGAUGUUAUAGGAACAAACAUGAGAGGACUACUCAUUGUCAACAAAAUUAACGAUGUGUUUUACCAGGAUUGUGACACGGAGUUCGUGAAUCAUGUGAAUAAACAGGCCGUGGAGCAAGGUUUACUUCAGGCUGGCCAGUAUGAUGAGAAAGAGCUGGACUCGAGCAUUGUCAUGCAGCUGUUUUCACCUCUGUUCAUGUCACAGUGGUUUCUGAUAGAGCAAAGAAGAAACCCUUGUUCAUCUAUAUCUUGUGAAAAUGGCUUCUUAUUUGUAUUUAAACAGUAUGAAGAAUUUCUUAUUGUUGCGAUAAGCCAAGACAAAGAAGACACAGAGCUUUUUUUAAGGAAGAAGAUUGGCGUGCUCAUUCGGGUUAUAGAAUUCCUAUUUGGACCAGUCACAAAUGAAAUAGGAUACAGCAUCUUCUGCAGAAGAAAUGACAGGUGGAGAUUUUUACAGAAUCUAAUGAAAACUUGGGAACUGUUAAGAAAAGAGGAACAUUCUUUUCUUGUGGAGGCAAUAGAGAGACUCCAUGUGAAUCAGUUGGUAAAUGAGAAGUGUAUGGAAAUCUUGGAAAACGCCAUCAAUCGGUUACAGAGUGCGGGAGAGAAAAAUACCCAUCAUGCUCUACUGAUCAUUAAUAGCAAGUUAUUGUCCCUUUAUUCAAACCGCAAUUCACCACUUUUGGCAGAAUCUGAUGUUUUGUGCAUCAUCUUGUUGGCAAGAUUACUUUUUCCUACCAAUGAAAAGCUAGAGGAUUUGUUUUCCUAUCGUAAGCCUGAUGACAAUGGUGGUUCAGAGGAAAUGAAGUCGCCAGCCUCUAUAACUGUGACCCCUCCUCGUGACAGAUAUGAGAGUGCCGUAGAAGGGGAAGACUCGGUAGAUGAAGAUAAUUACAUGAGUGCCACAGAAACACCUUCAACCAAAAUAAAAGCUGAAAAUCCCUAUCCAGCUGUUUCUGAGCAUGUAACUGAGGAAGAAAUCACUGAACCAGAACACAAGGUACUGGAGGGAAUCACUGAACCAGAACAUAGGCCAGGGGACAUCACCAGUGAGGGAUACACAACACCAGAUUCUUCACCAUCUAUUACUGAUUUAAAUAAGCUUGUAGAUAACAGUGGUAGACUGACACCUAUUGGUAGGAGUCGCAGUAGGACUUUUGGUGGGGUUACAACUGGUCGUAUUACCCCAGGACCUGGGAGGGCCCGGAGUCGAAGUCUUAACCAAGACAAUCAAGUUAUAAGAGAUAAUACCCCUUUACAAAGAAACUCUUCACCAUUACUAAGACAGGAACCAGAGCAGCCUAUGUCACCAGUUAUCCGGUCAAGCCCAGAUCACAUUCGGCAAACUGCCUUUCUGUCCACUCAGUUGUGCAGUUUCUCCCCAUAUCAACUGGACUUUAUCCAGAUAUUCCCAGGAAUGGUCAUAGUUCUGCUAAGUGAGAUACCAAGAGCCCACCAUGCAGGCAGUUUAUGUCAGUUGUUAAGACUACUGAAUGACCUCCUAUCAGGACAGAAAACUCAAGUUCAAAGGGUACAAGGUCAUGUCCUCUAUGACCUCAUCAAUACUAUUCUCUACAAACUGGCCUCAGCCAUGAAAAAGGCUAGAGGCAACAUUGAGAGAAUUCUGGAGGAUAUUCGUAAGAGGUGGGACAAUGCUGAAUUUAAAUCAGCUCUAUUGUCCUAUCUAGAACAAGGAGCUGGAACAGACAUCCCUCCAGGUGCGGAAAGAUCUCUGACCGGCCUCCAUAAGAAGGUGAAGGACUUGUUUCUACACCUGUACCUCUAUCCCUAUGACAUUUCCCCCUCGGUCAGCCAGGCCAUGAGCUCUGUAUGUGAGAGGGCAAAGGUCAAAAUGUUUGACUACAAAGAUUACCUGUCCGUCAAAUCACAGAGAAACAUUGUCAUGACUUCAUAUUUGGAUGCCUUUCCUGGACUGGUUCACUUUAUUUACAUAGAUAGGAGAACCAAUCAACUGACUGCACCCUCCUUAAAUAUCACAGAGGAGGGAGAAAUUCUGGAUGCCACUCAAUUCCUAAAGAAUAAAAUCUGGACCAUGACUAGUUGGAUGUAUAGCAAACUAACAAAUGGGGUAACAGUAGCAAUGGCCAGAGAGGGAGAUUACUAUUUUUCAUAUUUUUUGUGGUUUACAGAUUUUCAAGGAACACCUUUACCUGUGCAGCAUACUUAUCAGGAGGGGGAUAUCAAUGUCCUGCCAGGAAUUUUAUCAGGACAGUUCUACACUGGACUAAAGAGGCACUGCUUCCCAAACAUGAUUCCAAUCUCUGUGAAUUGUUAUGAAUUAAUUAUGAUGCAUGUGGGACUUGUGAAUGUGCAAUAUAUUAUUAGCCACAGACAGAAGUUGGCAAAACAAUUGUUCGAGGCGUCUGGUGAUACACAAAUGAACUUAGUACUGUAAUUUUAGGUUAAUUCUGCUUUCAUGAAAGGUGCUAUUGUGAAAAAAUUAAAUACAAGACUCAUGUCCAUCUCUAUGUUAACCAUGGAAAUACAGCAUAAUUUGUCUAAUCCAGAUUCUGAGUACUUUGGAAUUUUGUCCAUUUCGGCUUUAAAUUUUAGUUGUUUUUUUUAAAUUAAUUUCAUUUAUUAUUACUUAAUUCUUUCUUCUAAUAGAUAUUUGUUUCUGUUUCUAUAGUUCUGACUUAAAUCUUAUUGAUAAUGAUUCACAAUACGAUUUGAAGUUUCCAAUGUACUCAGAUUUGUAUUCAGUGCAUAGAUUACUUAGACAUCAUGCAAAUAAGAACAACUUGCAAUAAAUUGAAGCAUUUU